AAGGAGCCGGCUGUCAUGCCACAUUGCCACUGGUAUUCCCAACGAUCCAGUAACGAGUCCCGACUCACUACUCGCAUAUUACAAUCGCCGGCGAAUAAAAUUCUCUACUUUCUCACCGCCGGCAGGCUCACGAACUGCCAGAAAGCGAAUGAAAGAACUGGAGGCAACCAGUCGAGACCCCCAUUCACGAUCGAUGCUGCCGGGAAAAAAUCGCCUCGCUCUUGUCUACGUCCUCACCUCCUUUCUCGCGGUGGCUGAAAGCUCCGGCGUCGGGAUUUCAACGCAGUAUCCUUUAGUAGUGAGCACUUGGCCAUUCAGAGAAGCAGUCAGAGCUGCUUGGAGGGCCGUUGACUCUGGCCUUUCCGCCGUCGAUUCUGUUGUGGAGGGUUGUUCUACUUGUGAAGUUUUGAGGUGUGAUGGCACAGUGGGGCCUGGUGGGAGUCCUGAUGAGAAUGCAGAAACCACAAUUGAUGCCAUGAUCAUGAAUGGGGGUAUGCAUAGGUGACCAUGGAGGUGGGAGCUGUUGGCGCCAUGAGAUAUGUAAAAGACGGGAUCAAAGCAGCUAAAUUGGUGAUGCAGUACUCGAAGCAUACUUUCCUUGUUGGAGAGCAGGCUUCAGUUUUUGCUAUUUCAAUGGGUCUCCAAGGGCCGACCAACCUCAGUUCAUCGGAGUCCAUAGAGACGUGGAGUAACUGGAAGGAUAAUGGUUGCCAACCCAAUUUCAGGCGGGAUGUGAUACCUGCAAAUGGUUGUGGUCCUUAUCGUGCUAGGGACAGUGUAGGUAGUAAAAAGGUCGGGUGUUCCCAGUCCGGCUCAGUGGAAGAAACUGAAUCAAGAUCAUGUCUUGUUGGGCCUCACAACCAUGACACCAUAUCAAUGGCUGUUUUCGACAGAAUGGGGCACAUAGCUGCUGGUACGUCAACUAAUGGAGCCACUUUUAAGAUCCCUGGCAGGGUUGGAGAUGGACCCAUUGCAGGAUCUGCAGCCUAUGCAGAUAGUGAAGUAGGAGCUUGUGGUGCUACUGGCGAUGGAGACAUCAUGAUGCGCUUCCUUCCUUGCUACCAAGUUGUGGAAAGUAUGAGACGAGGCAUGGAACCUAAGCUAGCUGCCGAGGAUGCAAUUUCCCGAAUCGCAAGAAAGUUCCCCGAUUUCGUGGGAGCAGUGUUCGCAGUGAACACGAAUGGAGUCCAUGCUGGAUCUUGCCAUGGAUGGACGUUCCAGUAUUCGGUCAGGAAUGCUCAUAUGAAAGACGUGGAAGUUUUCACAGUGUUGCCCGAUCAAAAAGCCACCUUAUGAACACGCAUCUGCUCUUGCUGUGUUCUUCCAAAACACCUUCGUUCACUCUCCACCAGAAGCUUGUCUCUUGAUGGUGACCAACAGCGUUGUCCCCAUCCUUAUUAUGUUUGUCCAAACAUUGGAUCGAAAUAGUGUAUUCACUUCACGCAUCUGAUUGUGAUCUCAUUGUACAUUGCCAGACAAAUAUUGCAAUUAGAAGUUUACACAAG